ACCCAAUUCCACGCAAAGAGAAUCCAUACUUCGUUGGAGACGGUGGCGUUUCCGUUCCCGAAGCUUCAGCUUCCCCUGACCCUCCUGAGGGUUCGCUUUUAUCGCCAACCCAACCAGAAGUCGGCGAGACUGGACACUCAAGAAGUACAGCUUCCAGCGGUUCUGAAAGUGGCGCCAGCUCUGGUAGAGGCAGUCAGCUACUCAGCGAGGAGCUCGCAUCCACGAAGCUAUCAUCGCUCGAAGAAGAAACGAAUCAUACAAGAGACAACGAGGCACGCAAGCAGAAGGUCAAGGACUUCUACAGCCACACCGAGACCACUGACAACCGCCCUGGCGACAACGAUGAAAUCUGAUCCCUGGCUUCGGAACCAGAAGACAUCCAAUCCCAAGACGGGUCAGGAACUGUCCCUUGGGCGCUCAGAACAGCUGCGGUCAGCUAUCUAUCUGACGGAAGUAUUGACCGAGGACCCGGACUUGACCCCUCUGUACCUAGACGCGGCCCAACGCCUAGAAGAUUACCGGUUCUUUGGGAACCAUAGACGCUUGCUCAAGAGAUACUACCUGUAUCUGCGUUCACGAACUACAAAUCAGAAACAGAGGGCAGCCAUUGAAUUUCUCAGGCCGCGAAGUCACAGGGAUCUCAUUUCAAGGAAGGUCCUAGAGAAGUUGCAGUCGCACGACAAGACGAAGCGGGAAAGAGUGCACGCCGCAUUGCCCCAGGACGAAGAGCGAGACCUGACGCUGGAGCGCUAUCUCAACAGCAUCGAAACCACUUCGAAGGGCCUCCCUACACACGCCAUGGAAACCGUACCGGAUUUAGAUGACGAAAGCUCCAUGGAUGAAGAGGACCGCCACAGCAUCAGCGCCCGCGUCGGUCUCGAGGAGACCAGGAGCUUCUUUGUCUCUGGAGUGCCUUUAGCUCGGUUCAAAGCCGAGUUUCAAGACUUGCUCAACCGAGGCCGCGAGCGAGUAAAGGAGACGCCGCGGGUGCGGGUUGCGAAGCCGCUUGAACGACCAAAGGUCUUGCGUUGGGGAGCGAGGUUGUCGGCCUGGAAUUUUUGACCUUUGUUCUCCCCCGAAGCCUGGAAAUCAGAGAGUCAGGAAUGUGGCGAUAACACGUUUCUAGAUGUCAGGGAG